UAACAUAAUUUAGUGUAAUAAAGGCAUGAGCAUGAGGUAUUGAUGUUUUAACAUCAUAUUCUGCUGGAUUUUUAUUCAAAUUGGAUAUAACUCUCUUGAAGAGAGGUGCUUCAAUCAAUAUUGGAGGAGUUUACCUGUGAAGAAGAAGAAGAUCGCUCAAUGUCCGUUGUCUGUCUGUCUAUUUCUAAUUUGUAAGGGAAAAUGUGAAAAAGGUGCAAAGUUUCCAGCAGUUUAAGAAGACAUUAUCUUGAGCAUUAUGGCUAGGAAUGUCGCACAGACUGUGGAACUGUUAAAAGAAAGUGUUGACUGUCUUCAUGGUACCUGUAUCUCGUUAACAAAUACUGAUAAAGGCCAGAUCAGUGACGAAUUAGGUGAAGACUGUAUUGCAAAAGCAGCAGAACAGAUUAAUCAAAUACACGAGAAGAUUCUUAAUAUACAGCUUCAGGAAAGGACCAAAGUUGGGGUAUCAAAGGAGAGGGUAUCCAAAGAAAUAGAAGCAAUCGAAAUUACUAGGAAAGAAUUAAAGAGGCUUAAAGUAAAGCUCAGACAGAGUUUAAAUGGUGAUGAAACAGAUUCUGAUAAUGAUGUUAUUGUAUGUAUAACACCAUUGGAAAGUUUGACAAGAAAUGCAGUUUUUGACAAAAAAUCAAUCAGUGAAGAUGACUCAGAUGUUACUGUUGACCUUGAUAAAGAUGAAGAUCAAAGUUCAGAAGUUGUAAACAGUAACACAAAGCAUGAUGAUUCAAAAGAUAUGUUUGAUACGUCUAACAUGUCCGGUGAUUAUUCGAACACAAAUAACAAUAUGAAAAAAGUUGUUGAAAAUGAGGAAGACUGGGAUUCGGACAAUACAGAUGACCUUGAAAACUUUGAUAACUUUGAUCUUGAUGAUGUUGUCAGUUCUACUCCUGGUAAAUUGGAAGGGAUAAAUCCUGAUGCAUCUAAAGCAAAGCAAGAGACAGAAAAUACCAAAAUCAAGCAGAUCAAGCAAGUUGAGUCAGUUGUUGAAAACACAUUGGAUGAUGCUGAUGAUUUAUUUGAGGAUGAUGAUUUUGGAGAUGAUGAUUUUAACGAUGACGUGCUUCAGGAGCUGGAUGCGGCGGAAAAAAGUUACACAGAUAAUUGUGACAGUACUCCACCAGAUGUUGAGAUCAUAGAAAAUGAUGAUGAUGAGGAAAAUCAGCCACAAGAUAAGAAAUACUUGCAAGUUCUAAAACAGUACUUUGGAUACUCAAAGUUUAGACCGAUGCAGUGGAAAAUAUUACACUCAGUGAUGCUGGAGAAGAGAGAUAAUUGUGUUAUCAUGGCAACAGGUUAUGGGAAAAGUUUAUGUUACCAGUUUCCAUCAUUGAUGUCACAGAAAACAACAGUGGUAAUCUCCCCUCUCAUAUCUCUGAUGCAGGACCAGGUGCUUGGUUUACAGGCAGCUAACAUACCUUCUUGUUACCUGGGAUCUGCACAGGAAAAUAAAACAGAGGUGAAGGAAAACUUAUUCAGGGGAGAAUAUCGUGUGUUGUAUAUAACACCAGAAUUUGCAGCUGUUGCCACAGACAUCCUAGGUAACCUAAACAAUAAAGUUGGGAUAGACUUGAUUGCUAUUGAUGAGGCACAUUGUGUUUCACAGUGGGGACACGACUUCAGAGACUCAUACAGGAAACUAGGCCAACUGCGAUCAUUUUUUCCUAAUGUUCCAAUAAUGGCUCUGACAGCCACAGCUACCCCUGAAGUCAGGCUAGAUAUCUGCAAGAGUCUACGUCUGAAGAAUCCAGUAAUUACAUGCACGGGUUUUGAUAGACCUAAUUUAUUUCUGUCUGUGAGUAUGAAGAGUGGAGAUAUUGCACAUGAUCUCAAAUCUCAGAUGGAAGUCAAAGGCAACAAAUAUACCUUCUGUGGUCCAACCAUCAUUUACUGCCCUACAAAGAAAAUCACAGAGACAGUUUCACAUGUUGUUAAAGGAAUGGGAGUGCCAUGUUUACCUUACCAUGCUGGUUUGACACCUAAAGCUAGGAAAGAGGCUCAUAAGAGAUUUGUGAAUGAUGAUAUACUGGUUGUUGUGGCAACUGUAGCUUUUGGUAUGGGUAUAGAUAAACCAGAUUGUAGAAAAGUGAUACAUUACGGAGCGCCAAAAGACAUUGAGUCAUACUAUCAAGAAGUGGGUAGAGCAGGGAGAGACGGACUUCCUAGUUUCUGUCAUACAUUUUAUUCUAACACUGACUUUAAUACUACCAGAUACCUGCUGAAGGACAUUCACAAUGUAAAGUUCAAGCAGCACAAAUUGAACAUGUUGUCUAAGAUGCAACAGUAUCUAGGAGCUGCUACAUGCAGACGGAGGAUUCUAUUAUCCCAUUUUGACAACAAGAAUUUGGAACAAGUUGGAGGAACUGCCAACUGUUGUGAUAACUGCACAAAGAUAGUUGAGAUAGGAAGACAGAAGAGUUACUAUGACUCCAAGAACUGGUCAUCUGUUGUGGGUGGUAUAGCAUCAAGAACAGAACCAGUUGACUACAGGAAGGAAGCUAAAGAUUUCUUUACUGUUGCGGAGGCAAUACAUGGAGGAUUUGGGUUAAACAACACAGUUCUUAUUCUGACAGGAUCAAGCAGUCAAAAAAUAAAGAAGUUUGCCAGUUAUAAAGUGUUCGGUCUUGGAAAAUACAAGAAAAUCAGCUGGUGGAAAGCAUUUGGCAAGUGUCUGAUAGAUGAAGGGUACUUGGAGGAGAGGGCAUGUGGCCAGGGAAUUUUUGGUUCAACCAUUCAAACUUCAGGAAAAGCUAGGGACUGGAUGGACAAUGGUGGUAGGACUGGCAGCAAACCUCUGAAGUUUAUACCAAACACUGAACUAGCUGCAGAAGACAAACCAGCUGUUGCAGUGUCAUUUAGGCCAAAUGUGCCAGCAGCAAGGGAAAAGCCAUCUCCAAGCAGACCAGAGCUGAAGAAGACUUUUUCCAGUCCUUUACCAAAGCCUGGAUUGGUAAAAGAUCCAUAUUCUGAAAUACAGAAUGCCAAGUAUACUCCUAAAAAAGUUGUUGUUGAUGAGAAAACGGCAAAAUUAGAGUCUGAUCUGUAUACGAAGUUGAUACGACAGAGAAAUGAGCUGGCACAUCAGACAGGAUAUACUCCACAUUCUAUAGCUAGUAAUAAAGUACUUCUGGACAUGGCUAAAGUCAGACCAAGUACUAGAGCUGGUUUGUUGAAGUUGGAAGACUUUCCGGAGGCUAAAGUUGAAAAGUUUGGGGCUCCGUUGCUGGAAGUUAUUACUAACUUUUGUAAGGACAAUGAUCUUAAGAUGGACAACUUUCCUGAAUCAUUGUUUGACACUGAUAAGUCUACUCGUGACCUGCAGUCUGAGAUCUACAGUCUGACAGAAACACAGAGGAACUCUUACAUAAUGUUUGCUGUUCACAACAAUUCUCUGGAGGAAGUUGCUUCAAAGAGAGGACUGAAGACUAGCACUGUAAUGUCCCACAUGGCUGAGGCGGUAAAGGUUGGUCUGCCAGUGGAUGUCCAGGCACUGGGGGUGACCAGUCAUAUACAACAGCUUGUGACUAAUGCUAUAAGAGGAGAUGUGAUUAAGUCAGAUAUUACACGACUAACCAAGAUAAAGGAUGUUCUUCCUGACUAUAUAGAGUACAACCAUAUCAAGAUUGUGAUAGCAUUAUUAGUGAGGCAGUAUGGCCAGAUCGUUAAUCCUGAAGGGGAGAUAAUUCUUCAGGGAAGUCAGUCAAGCAAGGACAAUGGACAGAUUGAUCUCACAGACUCAGCAGAGUGGUCACAGACUGGAACCAGUCAAGACGAAUCUCAGAACCAUUCUACAGGAGGUAGAUAUACUACUGGUACCAAGUCGCAGUCUGGGGUUACACAGUCCAGUACAUCCAGUGGAGGAACAAAAAGAAAACUUCCUAGCUGGAUGUCGUCAGGUGGAAAUAAACCAGUGAUGACUAAAAAAAUGAAAUCUAACAGUUUGUUCAGAUAGUAGAGAGAAAAUAUUUUAAACCUGGCACCUGGUUAUAAAACUAAGUUUGGCUACGUGUCUCUGAAUGCUACCUUGCCAUUGGUAGAGUACAUGACUGUGCUCAGAAACAAGUGUUGUGUCAUCUCCAAUCUCCAGACCCUGUUUUGCUGGAAAGCAACAUAAAAGUCAAAACAUUCUUUGAUUUUGGAUAAAAUUGUGGAUUGCAGACUAUUUUAUGCAAAUGUGAAAGCUAGAUAGGUACUACAAUUAUAUUAAAUGGUUGAUGAUAUUAUAAUGAUAAAUGUACAAAAUGUGUUUGUAAUGUGAUAGUAGCAUAUUCUACACAUGUUAAAGCAAACUUGAAUAUUAGAUUAAUUAAAGCGGAUUAAUCAA